AGCAAUGUGAGCAUCAUGGCAGCCAGAGUGUUGGGUUCGAUCUUGCGUAAAAACGCAGGAUUUUUCGGCACUGGCAGGUUGCUGGCGCCGAAUAAUGCACCAGCAAUCACUAAUGUCCAACAUCGUAAUGGUCAUCAAUGGAACCCGGACGCGGAGUUCUUCCGGCAGUUCGACUCACCGAUUUUGUACACCACGGAGAAGAUCGAUUGGACACCGCCGGAUAGUGUGUCCGUCUUGUCUGAUCCUUCCCUGGCGGAACAAACUAUACAAAAUUUGAAGAUUAACUUUGGCCCGCAACAUCCAGCUGCUCACGGUGUCCUCCGGCUGAUCCUGGAGUUAGACGGCGAAGUCGUGGUCAGUGCCGAUCCACAUAUUGGUCUCCUGCACCGCGGCACAGAGAAAUUGAUCGAAUAUAAGACCUACAUGCAGGCAUUACCUUACUUCGAUCGCUUGGACUAUGUCUCUAUGAUGUGCAACGAGCAGUGCUUCUCCUUGGCAAUUGAGAAACUGCUGAAUAUAGACGUGCCUCUGCGCGCAAAGUAUAUUCGAGUUCUUUUUGGGGAGAUUACGAGGAUUCUGAACCAUAUUAUGGGCGUUGGAACGCACGCAUUGGAUGUCGGUGCUCUUACACCCUUCUUCUGGCUAUUCGAGGAGCGAGAGAAGAUGAUGGAGUUUUAUGAGCGUGUGAGUGGCGCCCGUAUGCAUGCAGCUUACAUACGGCCUGGUGGUGUCUCCUUGGAUCUACCGUUAGGUCUGAUGGAUGACAUAUACGAUUGGGCUUCCAAGUACUCUGCACGAUUGGACGAGAUAGAAGAUCUGUUGACAGAUAACAGAAUCUGGCGACAGCGCACAAUCAAUAUCGGUACUGUGACUGCAGAGGACGCGCUAAAUUGGGGCUUUAGCGGUGUAAUGUUACGAGGCUCUGGAUUAAAAUGGGAUCUGAGGAAAGUUGCACCUUACGACGCUUACCACUUAGUAGAUUUCGACAUUCCGAUUGGCUCAAAAGGCGAUUGCUAUGACAGAUAUCUAUGUCGUGUCGAGGAGAUGCGACAGUCGUUGCGUAUCAUCCACCAGUGCUUGAAUCAGAUGCCAGAGGGAGAAGUACGAUGCGAUGACGCCAAGAUUGUGCCACCGCGGCGGGAGGAGAUGAAGAGCAGCAUGGAGGCGCUUAUCCAUCACUUCAAAUUGUUCACCCAAGGUUUCCAAGUGCCACCGGGAGCGACGUACACCGCCAUCGAGGCACCGAAGGGCGAGUUCGGCGUUUACCUCGUUAGCGAUGGCAGCAGCAAACCGUAUCGGUGCAAGAUCAAAGCGCCAGGCUUCGCUCAUUUAGCGUGUCUACAGCACAUCGGACCCAAGCACUUCCUCGCCGACAUAGUCGCUAUCAUUGGCACGCUGGAUGUUGUAUUCGGCGAGAUUGAUAGAUAAUUUCCUAACAAUCGAUAAUUUGUAUAGCGUAGAAGUAUAAAUUAAAAUAAGUUAUGUAAAAACCUUUGCAUAUAUAUAUGUGUUACAAUAGGGAUUUACAUAUAUUAUAUAUAGGUAUUUAAGAAGUCGAUAUAUUUGCAUGUUAUACGCGUCCAUUCGUGUAGUAUCGCGCGUAUAAUAUGACUAUGCGAUGAGUAUAAAUAAAUAUU